CAUCCUGAAAACACGGGUUCACCAGUGAUGCCCAAAACACGGUCACACACACGCCAGCUAUGUUGUUUAACCAAUUCAUCAUUAUUCUUUAAUCUCUUUCUCUCUUUUCUUGGAAUAAUAAUAAUCAUAGUAACUUUGUGUAAAACAAAAAAAACAAGAAGAAAAUCAAAUCACAUGGUUUAAUUUUAGUGCUGGAAUUGUUUAUCCAGGGUGAGCAAAUGAGGAAAUCAUCCCACCACAAAGAUCAUUGGUGUUAGUAAAGUACUACUAUUUUUCAGGGUUUAGGAGAUGCUGUGUUACGGGUCCAUGCAGUUGGGAAUGCACGGAAAUGUUGCAGAAGUUGUCUAAUGUUCGGAGUGUAGUUUUGGGGCUGUUCUAGGUUAGCAAUGGAAAGUAAAGUAGUAGAUGAAAAUGACGAAGGACCCGCUGUUCCCAUGCGAGUUGAUAGAUUUGGUUUUGUGAGGCAGGAACAUAGUCCUAAUGAAGGUUUAGCAAGGAGCCGGUCGGCCUUUGAAUAUCAGAGAGAUGAAAGAAGGAUUAGGAAAUGGAGAAAAAUGAUAGGUGUUGGAGGAAUUGAUUGGAAGCAGUACGUUCGGAGGAAACCACAUGUUGUUAAAAGACGAAUACGCAAAGGAAUUCCUGAUUGUCUGAGGGGGCUUGUCUGGCAACUAAUUUCUGGAAGUCGGGACCUCUUGUUGUUGAAUCCUGGAGUUUAUGAGCAACUAGUCAUAUAUGAGACAUCAGCUUCCGAGUUGGAUAUUAUCCGUGAUAUUUCUCGCACCUUUCCUUCCCAUGUUUUCUUUCAGCAGAGACAUGGGCCUGGUCAAAGGUCUCUUUACAACAUUCUGAAAGCAUAUUCUGUUUUUGACCGAGAUGUUGGAUAUGUACAGGGCAUGGGAUUCGUGGCAGGUCUGCUUCUUCUUUACAUGAGUGAAGAAGAUGCAUUUUGGUUACUGGUUGCAUUGUUGAAAGGAGCUGUUCACACUCCAAUGGAAGGAAUGUACUUGGUAGGAUUGCCUCUUGUCCAGCAAUACCUCUUUCAGUUUGAUCGUUUGGUAAAGGAACACUUGCCAAAGUUGGGGGAACAUUUUGCUCAGGAAAUGAUAAAUCCCAGCAUGUAUGCCAGUCAGUGGUUCAUAACAGUUUUCUCGUACUCUUUCCCAUUUCACUUGGCUCUCAGAAUUUGGGAUGUCUUUCUUUUCGAGGGUGUUAAAGUCGUCUUCAAAGUUGGCUUGGCUCUAUUGAAAUAUUGCCAGGAUGACCUGGUAAAGCUGCCGUUUGAGAAACUCAUACAUGCUUUGCGCAACUUCCCUGAGGAUGCCAUGAAUCCAGAUUUACUGUUACCAAUGGCUUUUUCAAUCAAGGUUUCCAAGCAUUUGGUGGAACUGAAGCAGGAAUAUGACCAGCAGCAACAGCUGAAACGUCCUUCAUCCCCAGUCAAACAGUGAGAUAUACCAAAUGCAAAUACUUCCGGUCAGCCAGACAGCUUUUGUGCAUAAAACUUGGAUUCGUUAGUUCUCUGUUAAAAACAACUGUCUCAGCUGAUGUACAUAAACACAUUGAUCGGAAUAUCCGAUUCAUACAGUUUUCAGUACAAAAUAGAAAACUUGUGAUAGCUGUUUGAUCUAUUAUUUGGCAGAGAAGGCACCUCAAGCUCAGUCUUUGCCAUGAGGGUCAAUUGUACAAGUACUACUAGGCUUCUUACGUUAAAACAUUAUGUCCAUCGCUCUCUCCCUCUCUCUUGUUAAAGGUAGUUUUCUGAUCA